AUGUCCAACUCCGUGCUCAAGUCCUUCGACCCCCUCGCGGCCCACCCCUUCACCAACAACUCCGGGCUCCUCCCCAAGCCUGCCGCCCCCUCGCAGUACCCCCACCACUCGCCAUCGAAAGCGUCCCCCGCGAACAACGGCCAGGGCCCCAUCAUCCUCACCACCUCCCUCGUCUACGCGCCACAGCCCAAGCGGGCCGCGCCCAAGUCAUCCGGACAUAAGCCCAUCUUCGUCCCCUUCCGUCCAGAGCACUCCUCGCCAGAGCUCGAGGACAUCCUGCUCAGGAAGAAGUUCGUGGACGCGUUCCAUGGCAAGGGGUCAUGGGGCAUCGACCAGGUCCCUCUACCCUCCGCGGUCCCGUCCUCGGGGAAGCAGUGCAAGGCCCACGUCUACACCUCCUGCUACUCUGAAGAGAACAUCUACCUCCUCGCGCAAGCGUUUACUCAACUCUCGGAUACCGACUCCACCGCGGACGACCGUGGGCCCUGGCCGUGGCAGAUCUACGUCGUCUUCAUCUCCAACGGCGGUAAAACGGUCGCUCUCUGGAGCCAGAAGACACCCAGUGGCGUCGUCGUCUGGGACUAUCACGUCGUACUCGUUCUAUUACCCCGCCCCCGCACCCCACUCGACCCCGGGUCUGAUGGCGCCCCCACGCCCGAGUCGGACUCGCAGAGCCUUGCGGAGCGCCAUGCCUGGGUCUACGAUUUUGACACGACCCUGCCUAUGCCCUGCUCGUGGAUAGACUACAUCGUGGGGACGUUUCCCUAUGCCGCCGUGCGCGCCCGCAGCUGCGUCGACGAGAGGUUCCACAGCACGAUCUCGCAUAGCGUGUUCAGAGUCAUACGCGCCGACGUGUAUCCUGAUCACUUUGCCUCCGACCGGUCGCACAUGAUCACCCCGGCGCUGGCGACGGACCUGGAGACGCAGCGCCCGAGCGGUGGCGCGUCGGAAGGUCGGGGAAGAAUCGACGCUUCCCCGAGCUCAUGUCCACACAGAAGCACCCAAGCGGCAGAAGAGGGCCCAAGAUACGCCAGCCCGCCACCGGGGUACCCACCAAUAUGUGGUGCGAAGGCGCGGGCGAUGGGAAUCGCAAACAACCUGAUGCGAUCCUUCGUGGCGAUGGAUGCGCUGCCGGCCCCGCUCGCCGAGGGACGCGAAGGCGAAGACGAGAAUUCAGGAUCAAUGGAGAGCGAGGCGGUUCGGUAUGGGCAGAUGAUGGAUAUAGACGGCUUCUUGAAUUGGCUGGCUGGGAGUCCGGACGCGGGGGCGUGA